AUGGUUAAGAAAGAUAAUAUAUGGAUGUUAUGUAAGCUUUGUUACAAGGAAAAUAAUGAAAUAAAAAAUGAAAAUAAAGAGGAAGAUAUAUAUAAAAUAUUAGAAAAUUUGAAUAUCCCAUUAUCCUCUUUUAUUAAAGAAGAAUUUGAUAAAAAAGCUAUAUUGCUUUUUGGAAGAAUUUUUAAAAGUAUACUUUUUAGUCGAUUCUACAUUGUUUUUGCAAAUUUAAAACUUAGAAUAUUUAUUAUAAGAACUAGUAAUAGAUAUAAAAGAGAAGUUUCACUUUUAACACGAUUUGUGACAAUAUGUGAUGAUAUAAGGGUUAAAAUAUUAUAUAGUGGUGUAACAUUGUGUAAAUGUAAAAGAUUUCUUAAAGAGCUAUUCAUUAAAUUAAAAAUUGAAGAUAAUAUUCCUACAAUUUUAAAAGAAUUAGAAAGUUGUUCUUAG